AUGGCUGACUCUACACUUCGUCCAAGGAAGGACCUCCCUUCCGACCUCCUCACCGAGAUCGCCUGCCGCUUACCGUGCCUCAUCGACCGCCUCGGCAUGUCGAGGACAUGCCGCGAUUGGUGGUUGGCGGUCAAACGGUCAUCGCCCCCGCGUCAACUCCCAUGGCUCCUCCUCCCGGACCCCACCACUUCCCCUGUGAACACGGGGAGCGUAUCCUUUUACUGUGUGCUCGGCAAGGGCAACGGAGACACCCACAACCUCCGCAUCGGGGAAGACACUGGCAAUGCACGCUUCUUCGGCUCCUAUGAUGGUGGUUGGAUCUUGCUCGCCCAUGGGCAAACCGACCGCCACAUGCUCCUCAACCUCCAUACCGACCGGCGGUUAUUCCUCCCUGACCACGUCUAUUAUGUGUCACCUGAGGGAGGGGCUGUAUUGACUCCCGUGUCCACAACCAUCCUAGUCGCCACCUUCUCUUCCCCGCCGGGGCAGAACACACAGUGCUUCGGCGCUGCCAUCAUCGACUCAACGUGGGGGGUGUGUCGCCCGCAACUUGCCUUCUGGAGCAUGGAGGUGUGCGGUGUUCGUCGUCCAGUGGCCAUGGGUUUCAUGAAGAGUUUAUGUGAACCGUGGUCCCGACCUGAGGAUGUCAUAUAUCACAGAGGAGCUUUCCAUUUCCUAACUGAUGCAGAGCAUGUUGUCGUGUAUGACAUAUUCGAGCUCCAAGAAGUUGAAGAAGGGGGACCUCGCGGCUCCACAUCAGUCAGGGCUCGCUACCUCGUGGAGUCCCGCGGGGAACUGCUGAUGGUCAUGAGAUACGCGGGAAAUUCUCCUGCAUGGUUCCCGCACACAGGGGGAUUCCAGGUGUACCAGGCAACGCAGCUCCCCACCGGCGCCAGCCAGGUUCAGCUCGCCUGGACCGAGCUGCAUUCGCUGGAUGGAAGGAUGUUGUUCGUGGCGCGGGGGUGCUCCAGGUCCUACGAGGUGGCUGAUUUCCCCGGCUCUGCCUUUGGAGAAGGCAUCUACUUCUUGGAUGACCGGAAAUCGAACGACAUAGAGAUGGUGUCCCUCGCAGCGCAUGCGGCGCCCCGGCGCUGGUACACCUGCAGUGACAACGGGAGGUGUCGGUUGGUGGUGGGGGAGCCGCGUCUUCAAGUCUUCCGCCGCUGGUUCACGAACAAGGAACACUCUGACUACUCGCCCCCGAUUUGGUGUAUCCCUUGA